AUAUUGAAAGGGCAGUUUACGACAACAAACAAGAGAGAAAAGGGAAAGCUGAAAUAAUACAAUUUAAUAUUCGAUUUAAAAUAUAUGAGAAUACUUUCAAAGUUUUCAGUCUGUAAUUACUUGAGGGAAAAGGUAAGUAAAAACGAGAAAUUGCAUUAACCUAAACGAAUAAGGAAAAUAAGGCGGUGCACCAAACCCUCUAUAUAAACACUCUACCACCCCCUCUUAAUUUCCAUAAAACAAGCUCAAAACUUCAACAGAUCUCUCUCAAACUUGUUGUCCUUACAUCGUUUAAUUCUUUUGUUCCAGAAAAAAAAAAAAAGAACCAAAACAUCGAUCAUGACUUUGAUUAGGAGCAACACCUUCUUCACUUCUUUGAUGAUUCUUCUCGCUCUCUUUGGAGUUGCCUUUGGAGGAACAGUGCACAAAGUGGGCGACUCAAGCGGAUGGACCAUGAUGGGUGUUAAUUAUGAAGCCUGGGCUUCUUCAAGAACUUUUCAAGUCGGAGACUCUUUGGUUUUUGAAUACAACAACGGUUUUCACGAUGUCACAGAAGUCACUCACAAUGAUUUCGAGCUGUGUGAACCGUCUAAACCAUUAGCUAAAUAUCAAACAGGAUCAGAUACGAUCAGUCUAACAAAACCGGGAUACCAAAACUUCAUAUGCGGGUUUCCUAGUCACUGCGACAUAGGACAAAAGCUUCAAAUCCUUGUCCUACCAGCCUCGUUGGUUCCCGUCGCAGCUCCAGUUCCCGGACCAGUUCGAUCACCUACUACCUUCUCGUCAUCUCUUUCACCGGUCAAUAAUGUUCCACAACAUCAGAUGGGUCCACCACCAACUCCACAUAGCUCAGCUGCAACCUCUAGUGUUUGGAUCGGAUUCAGCUACUUUCUACUUUCUCUUUUCAUCUUAGUUUGAUAGAUCAUUCGCAUAAUAUUUUUUCCUUUGUCAUAUCUCUAAGAAUCUUUCUAUUUUUGUAUUUUCUUGAUGAUUAAUAAUAAUUAUUUAGUUUUA